AUGCAACGAUCCCGCACGCUCAUCGCGACGCUCCUCGUCGCGCUGUUCGCGUGCACAGGCUGCAUCUCCCUCUCCGGCCCGGACCCCGCCUUCGACAUCUCCAUCAAGGACGCCCGCGCCGAGCUGGACACCGUCCGCGCGGAUCGGCUCCCGCUCGAUCGCCCGCUCGUCAUCUCCGGCGGCUAUCUCGACCCGGGCACCGCGACGCACCGCGUGGUCCAGCGCUUCAAGGCACUCACCACGACACCAAAGCUCGUCUUUGGCACGCCGUACUUCUCCGUCUGGACGUUCGACAGCGCCCGCCGGCGGCUCGUGGAGCUGGUCGAGUCGCGGUUCCCGUCGGACGACCCGGAGUGGACGAGCGAGGUGGACAUCGUCGGCAUCUCCAUGGGCGGCCUUGUCGCGCGGUACGCCGCGAUGGACAACGGCGGGGCGCACAAACGCCUGCGCAUCCGCACGCUCUUCACGCUGGGCACGCCGCACCGCGGCGCGGACCUGGCGUGGAUCCCGAGCAUCGACCCGAAGGCUCAGGACAUGCACAAGGACUCGGCGUUCAUCGCGCUGAUGGAGCGCACCGCGGGCGAGAUCGACUACGAGCUGCUCCCGUACGUGCGCCUUGGCGACGGGGUGGUGGGGUGCGAGAACUGCGCGCCGGAGGGGUGGCCCGUGCGGUGGAUCCCGAACGAGGUGCUGGGGUUCUCGCACCUGGGCGUGCAGAACGACCCUCGGCUCACGCUCGAGAUCAUCCGGCGAUUGCGAGGGGAAGAUCCGGUAUCGGGGGAGCCUUCGCCUCUGCCUGAGGAGUGA